UUCAUUCAUCGCAGAAGUUUCUCGCGAGUGCUUCCAUUUUUCCUCGGUUGUUUUCCGUACAAUUUUUGAUUUUCCACUGUUUUUCCUGCCCUUUACCGGUUCUGCGGUGCAGCUGGUGUACAAUUGUGGCCAUCCGGCAUCCAGUGGCCUCUCCGGCUAUGACAUUCUGCACCAUCAGGAGUAGCAGAAGCAGUAUCACCAGUAUCAGCUCUCGUUCGGGCGGUCCGUCUCGACGGACAAGUUUAUUUUCCUUUAUUUUUUGCCUGCUGUGUGCGGUUGGUGCCUUUUUGUUAUUGUGAGUUUUUCGAAUUCUUUGCACAAUCCAAUCCGGAGGAGGAGGAGGAGUAGAAAAAGUGACAAGGAGGAUUGACCUUUCGGGUUGCAGGAAAAUAGCUUUGAGUUGUGCAAUUUAGCUGUGAAAACUGCCGGACGGAAGCAAUGUGGAAGUGCCACAAGUGUGGAAAACCAGUGUUUUUCGCUGAGCGAAAGCAAUCUCUCGGUUACGAUUGGCACCCGGAGUGCCUCAGGUGCGAAGAAUGCGGCAAGCGACUCAAUCCGGGACAACAUGCCGAACACAAAGGCGUCCCCUAUUGUCACGUGCCUUGCUACGGAGCUCUGUUCGGGCCACAGCUGUUCGGCCAUGGAACCCGCGUGGAGUCGCACAAAAGCUUCGGCCAGCCGGAGCUGAAGAAACAGGCCAUCGCUCGCUCGCCGGCGGGUCCCGUGGUGCCACGGGCUCAUCUCGAAUCCAAACUGAAGCAGUUCAAUCAGUUCAAUAACAACAAAAGUCAGGAAAUCCGCAGCAGGGAAGUCAACGGCCGGUUGCUCCUGGAGGGAGCGCUCAGGAUCUACUGGGGAGUGCAGGGGAUUAUACAUUUGAAGGAAGACGACGACCAGCGGACGGUGGUCACGGUUAGGAAACGCAAUUCCUAUCGACUGAGCAAUCCGAGCUCGAUGGUUUCGGCCGUGCAGGACAUGGUGGUGGAGGACAAGGAGAAUCUCAACCCGGAUCGGAGCGAUCCGAUGAGUUCGAGUUUAACGGAAGGCCCGGACAAUAACGAUACAACUACGAUCUCCGAGAGCAUAUCGUAUGACACGUUGAGCAUAUCGUCGGAUUUGAAUUCGAUCGGCUCGUCCAAGCCGAAUUCCGGGGAAAAUUCCAAGGAAGUGUCCCCGAUUCAUUCGAAUGUUGCCAAUGGAGGGACAAAGUACGUCACACUGCCACCGAAGUUGGAUGUCAAACAGUUGGAAUGGGACGAAAUCGACGAUUUGCUGCAGGUCGAGCGGAAAGUGGACGAAUCGGAACGAAUCUACAGGACGAUGCCAUCGCCGCUUCCGUCCCAGUUGGAAGAUCGGAGUGAAAUUUCGGAGAGCGCCACGGAUACGGAUUACAAGACCCUCACCCCUCAGACGGUUACCAAUUCGUCGUCUUCGACGGACAGCAAUAAGACCACCACGGCCACCACGUCGAAUGGGGAGGAGGAAUUUCGGACGCCGGAAGGUACGCUGAAGUCGCAUGACUUUGAAGCGUUCAAAAUGCAAAUGAGUCAGGAGUUUAUCAACGGGGCAGCAGAUAUGGGUAAUACGGAUGGAACGCUCAAGUUGAACCAACCGAUCGAUCCGGCGAGGAUCAACGAUUCGCUGAAGCUGUACAACGAAUCGGUGAUGAACCGCAGCCUGUCGGAUGAACAGUGCCGGAAUGUGUUUUCGCUGCCGCAAGGGAAUAUUACAGAUUCAUUCCACGUGGAAAAUGACGGCACGCUUAAACAUCCGGACAAUCUGAGCCCGGCGAAAAAAAUCUCCUCCCCUAUGAAAUCCCACGCCAUGAACGGUGGAAGCAAUGAGCGCACAAAAAUCGCCUACCAACGGCAUCAAUCGGACUCCACUUCGGUGACGUCACCCGGCACCGAUACGGACACUUGGACGGGCGACCGCGGUCUUCUGCGGUCCAAAAGCCAUGGGAACAACUACUCCGGCAACAGUUUCAUGGACAGCGAUGAUGAAGGAACGGAAACCCUUAGACCCUCGGACCGUCCUCAGACCUCGAUUACCAUCAAGAUGGAUUGCUACGACGAGCUGGAUCAGAACAAGUCCAUCAAUGGUGAGGAGGUGAUAAGCCCGACGGAUGAGAGCAUAACGACGGCCAGUUUCACGACCUCAACGACGACGACCGUCACCACGGACGACGAAGGAGUUGUGCUGAGGAAACCUCCGAAAACGGGUUCGACGGCUAUUAAGAGGCGCUCCGGCAAUCGACGCUCCCGGACGAAGCUGAAGCGACGGUGCUCGAUCAAUGGGCAUUUCUAUAAUCGAGAAACGUCGUUCUUCACGCCGCCUCGUGGAUCGCAGAUGAAUGUGUGGGUGACGUCACUGGUUAAUACACAGGAGGUGAUCAAUCUGAUGUUGGAGAAAUACAAGGUCGAAAGUCGAGCGGAGAACUUUGCCCUGUUCGUGAUCAAAGAUAACGGGGAACAGAAGAAGCUGAGGGAUGACGAUUUUCCAUUGGUGACGCGGAUCAUUCUGGGCCCUCACGAGGAUAUCGCGAAGCUGUUUAUCAUGGAUGGACAGCAGACACCGGAGAUAAGCAGCGAAGUGGCCCAGUUUCUGAACCUUUCGAUCCCGGAGUGCCGUGCCAUACUGGAACGCUACCACGAGGAGGAACAGCGGGAACUGCUUCGGAUAAGGACAAAAUACGCUGAGCUCCGUCGAAGGAUAGUUCAGCGAAUGGAAUCGCUGAAGGUGAGACUGUAAAUCAAAACGGAAAUCCGGUGGCGUGUGUCGAACUCAGAACAAGUAGAAGGGAUAAGGGGAAAUUUCGUUUAAUUUUAGGCCAAUAUGUGUUGGACGACUCGAAUCGUGGUCAUUAAAGUCACAGUAAUAUGAUUAAUAUUAAUUUUAGAAAAAAAAAACGCUAAGGGAGAGUCAACCAGCGAAGAAAAGGAAACGGGGAAUCAGCACAUCUCCAGAAUCUAAUCAAAUAAUUUAUUGGAGGAGCUUUAGGCGUAUGAUGAAAAGAAUAAUCAAUUAUUUAACCAAACGCAAUCAGCCGUGUAACACUAACCGUAAUAUAUAUAUUUACCAUUUAUAUUUUAUUUUUACUUCGUAAUAAUUUCCUUAUAGGACAAAGUUUCUAGUUUUGAUCGGGAUCAGUUGUAGCGAUCGGUGUUUUUUUUGUCAAAACGCAUUUUCGUUUUUUUUUUCGAAAUGUAAGAAAACAGCCAUUUUUAGAGCAUUUUUCACUAGAUUUUUCCUCCGAUUUUUCCACGGAAAUGCUGCCUUACCAUGGCCAAAUAUUAUUAUCUAUAUAAAAUUGGAAAAUCAUUGUCGAAGUUGUAUUAUAGGAAAUACGUAAAAUUUGUUGUUAAUUCAAUUUCAACGAUUCAUAUCACUUCAUUUUUUUUAGCAACAAAUUCUCAAUUGUCAGAAACCAGGAAACCGGUGUUAAGUCACAUUUCAAAUAAAUUAUUGUCGCUGGUCUGCCUCAAGAAAGCAAAGUAAAGAAAAAACACUACCACAAACAAAGUAAAACCAACAAUAAUGGGAUCUAUUAGUAAGUAAAUCUCGCACAAACUCGGAACAAAUCAACAAUAAACCGCAACGCUCAGUUCCCCGACUAGCUCAGAUAGGGUAAAAGCAACACAAGAAAAAAAAAGUAUAGCGAAACAAAUCAGUAUGUAGUCAUCUCCCAUUUUUUGCUACCGUACAUUGUUAAUCAAAUCGCAGCAAAAACUAAUUAAAUCAUAAUGAAGACGUUUAGCUUCCAGAAGACAGCCGAACAAUUGACUGAGAGAGGGCGAAAAAAAAGAAGGAAGGCAAAACGCUAGGUUGUUCAUAUUUAAAUCAAUUCGAUAACAGCAAAAAACAAGCAGAAUCUGCACACGAAACAGUGCCGCAAAAACUCAUGUUGAAUUUAAUCAAGGGAAAAAAAAAAGAAAUGAUAGAUUGCCUCUUUCUCUGCGUGCAGCUGCCGCCUGUGCUCGAGGAAGGUGAAAUGCAAAGGGAAGCGAACGAACCGAAAAUUAGCACUCAUAUACGUGGGGCGGAGCGGAAGCAUACGGCGUUGGAGGCGAACUGAAAGAAAGAGCAACAAUUUAGCUAUGAUAUAACUUUUGGUCGAAAAUAUAAAACACUAUCAAUUGCCGCGCAGUGA